AUGGCACUCGCCGCUGGAAAGGACCGUUUCGAAGCCUGCUGGCGAAUUCAAGACUGCGGCUCCUGCAUCAACGACAAGCAUAGCUGUGGCUGGUGUCCCUUCAGUUCAACAUGUGUGCCCGUAUCUUCGCUGGUUGACCCAGUAUCAAACGGAGCUGUCUGUCCCAUGACUUCAGAGCGAUUCGAAUUGCGAACAAAAGCACUGGGUUGCGGAUGCUCUACCACGACGCUGCUCAGCGUGAUAGUUACUGUCUUCUCAACGAUCGCAGCAUUGGCACUACUCUUCGGCAUUGGCUGGAUUAUCAAACGAGUCAACCCCUUCCUAGGCUCUGGAACGUACAAAGGGACCAAAAUCGAGGUCAAGUCCGAUGGGACUAGAGAUGUACGACAAUGGGAGAGAGACAACUGGCGCAAGUGGCUUUACCGAGCCUGGGCACGUCCGGACCUCAAACAUCACAGCGAACAGCAGGAAGUGACUGAACGAUCUCGAUUACUUGGUUGA